GCUCUUCAAGCACCAGUCUGCGCUUUUAAGUUGCACUAAACGGUCACUGUUAAAUUGCUCUUCUUUCCAUUAUCACACCAACAGACACCACACUUUGUGGAGAGGAUGGAGCAAAUCCAAGAGAAAAUUAUUGACGGUGAAAUCCCUGCGUUGGAGCAGUUGCUGGAGGAUUUAACGGAAACCGAAAGUGAAUCAGCGGCCGUUCAGUUCUUGUCCCGUGCAUACGCCGAAUUGAGGCAUCGCAACUUUGCCUUAUCACCGGAUAUCGUGCACUUCAUCGAGUGUCGAUUGGUUAAAGCGUGCUACGAACAAUCGACCGCGCUCGCUGUGCAGGAUGGCGAGAAAGCGGAAGGAGCCAAACUAAACGCCCAACGGUUAGCAAAUCGAGUGGAUGAUUUGGUGAAGGGUAUUGAUCUUAUCAUUCAGUAUCACAACACGGGACUGUACGAUGAUAUAGAUGACGGUAUGAUCCAACGAUUGCGCCAUAUAUACGCACACGUCUUCUUUCUGAAAACGCACCACCGGAAACUGCCUCUUUUGCAGCUUCAAUUUUGCAUUGCCGUGUUUCUAAAGGUGGUAACCGGCAAGGGCAGCAAUGGUUUCGAUAUUUAUUCGUUUGCGAUUGAUAAGGUGCGGUUACUUCGAUAUUUGAACAUCGUUAGAGACGAGAUCACUAGAUCACCACAACCAGUACUAUCAUUUGAAACAUACUGCCAGUAUGUGAAAUACUUACUACACUGCCCACCGGAACCGCAGACGUUUCGUGUUCCCAAACGUGUGCGUUGCAUGAUCCGAAUGGAUUUAAAGGAAUCCAAAGGCUUUUUAGACUCGUGGGACAAGGAUGACUGCUCGGAAGAACUGUCGCCACAGUGCCAGUCAUGGUUAAAGUCACGCUACGAAAAGAUCAUUGAGUGGGAUGAACGGAGACGAAUGCGAAGGCAAUUUAAGGAACUCCAUGAUACCUACUACUGCAUGAAACAGCACUAUUCGAUUGUGAAGAUACUAUCCUACCUCAACGGUAUCCGCGAUGGAACUCCCAAUUCACCACCGCCACCAUCCACCAUCACUGCCAUCAAGCGAACCUUGCAAGUGAUUGGAGAAACGAUUAAAAGUACACGUGAUACUCCGAACAUUACCAUGAAACUGGACCGCAUUCUGAAGCUCAUCACCUCCGUGUCACUGACCGAGCGCACGAAAGAUUUACGGCAAUUCUUCAGCCAUGGCUAUUCGCUGGAAAAGUUGGAAAUGGAGAAAGAGAUUGAAUCGUUAUCCCAUCUUGAGCAAGCUUCCGUCUUUCAAGCGAUAGAGAAAAACUUCCUGGAAGCGCGCCGUUGGUUCGAGUAUACACAGACGCAGCAAAAUUUCCGUAUCUACCGGCGUUACCUUGGCUAUUUGGUCUGUUUCAAAUCGAUCGAUGCCUUACGGAACUACAUCGCCUUCCUGGGCACGGAAUUCAAAGCCAGUCUCGUACAAACGUACCUACCGGAGCAGCUAACGGAAGCGAAGUUGUUACUCCAAAAUGUUCUGCAAAACCCAGAAUCCUCCAGCAGUAAUCCCUUGUUGACCAGCUCACUACGAUCCGAGCUAGAAUAUUUGGAGCGAGAGAUCCAACUUCGAAUCAAUGCGAUACGCGUUGAAAAUGUUACCCUCGGCCGCACAGUGGAUGAGUACUUUUUCCUUGAAACCUACAUUCGCCAAUCGACGGGAGCCCAGCUAGAGCGUGUGCACCGGAUGGUACGAUCGGUCUUAUCGCAUACCAAGCUCUCCAAACGGCACAUGCUCGUCGAGAAGACGGAUCUCAUAUUCGGUCGCGAACUGUUGGCUCGAUUGCAGGACGCCGAAACGAAUGAUGACCGCCGGUACAUCUGGGCCUCCAUCUGGCAACGGUUAGCGAGAGAUAACUUUGAUGGCAUCGAUAAACUUCUCGGAAGAACGGAGCAGCGACCCGAUGCUGCUCUCGACGCAACAAUCGAAACGAUGCAACAGUUGGGGCUUCCGCUUGACGAUCAAGAAUUCCUGCAAUUCGUCAACCGGAGACUGUGCAAGAGCUACUACCCCAACGUGUUCGUGCUGGACAACAAGUACCGGGUGUUGAAGGAAAUUGUUAAAGAUCGUCGUGCGCAGGUUGCACCCCGGGAGGCUCUGGCACGCAUGAAAGAACUAAGGCGUUCCGAUGAAACGAUGUUGCAGCACCAAUAUGAUCGCCUUCUGGGAAAGAUGGAAGAGCUUUUGGGUCAUCCGUGCUUCGACAGCACGCGUGCCGAUCAGAUAGCGCUCGAGUACUGCCUGCUGGAGGUAACGGAGAUCCUGUGUAACCUAGGGCUGUUGCGGGAUAACGUGCACGAGCUGGUAUCGCUGGUACCGGUUGUUACUGGGCGCAAUCUGCGCAACUAUCUGGCGCAUGAUGGGCUAGCGUAUGAUACGCUGACCGGAGCAACCGACGUAGCCGUUUGUAAUGCAAAAUGGUUAAUCGGUAAUCGAUUUAAACUCUACCAAGCCGGUGCGAAUAAACCGGCCACUUGCGCUGCUUCUCAACCCAACGAAAGAACGUUGGGAUUCGAGCAAGUGUUUCGAAUGCAAACCGAAUGGACCGGACAGCUGGUGAGCUUCAUCCAACUCGUGAAGCAGCUGGCUGCAUCGGAAAUGGAGCAACACAUUACGGAACACUGGCAAUCGCGGGCGCGACUGCUUCAGCAACGCAACCAUCUCGAACAGGACAUUCUAUCGAUCGCUCUGAAUGAAAAUGCUUCGCGAUUCAUCGAUCAACUGCUUCACUAUCGUCAAGGUUCCGGUGAAGACAAUCUGUUCUUUCUGCUGCUCAAACACAGCCGUCAGGAAGAUCUUAGGGAAAAAAUUUCCAUUCUAAUCGCAAACCCCCAUCCAUUCUGCCUUCGUCUAGCACUCCGGGCUGGUUUGUGGAGUGAAACUCAAACCAUCCUGCCACGAUGCGAUCAAGGGUUAGCACAGCAGAUCGUGGCCAGUGUACUGCCGGAUAUGUUUCACCGCUUUCCCACCACCUUCAUUGUGCAGCUGGUGGAGCUCGUUCCACCCGGAUGGUUGUACGGUUUGAAUGAUCAUCUUGGUAAUACGAUCGUGCACUUAGCGGUGCUAACGGGAGAUGAGCAUUUGCUUCGGCUAGUGCUGCGCCGCUACGUUAGCCUCGUUAACGUGGCAAAUCGCUUCAAAAACUUCCCACUACUGCUUGCCAUUCGCUAUCAUGGAUCCGCGAUAGCUAAGGUGCUGCUCGAACAUGGCGCCGAUCCUUGGUUGGAUCCAAAAAUUCUCGAAGCGAUCGCAAUGUGUGAUGAGGGUGCGCUACUAGUGCUUAUCCAGCAGCAGGUCGUACCAAAACUACCAAUCGCGCCGGUGGGUGAAGGUCUUGUCAACAAUCCACUGAGAGCCGCCAUCGAAUGCAGCCACCUGGCAAUGUUUCGACAGCUUCAUCGCAGCUUCCAGUGUGAUCUGCUCCAGGGAGACCUGCUACAUCUAGCGGCUCGACUCAAUCGGGUGGAGUUUCUGGAGUACAUUCUGACGGAGCUGAAAGGUGGAGAACGACAGUCCACCGGUGAAUCUAUCGACAUCGAUCUAGUGAAUGAGGGAUACGCUUUCACUCCUCUAAUGCUGGCCUGCGGACGGGGGCAUUACGAAGCGGCCCAGCUUUUACUCCAACACGGAGCGAACGGACUGUUCCAGAACGAGAACGGGUGCACACCGUGGCACUGUGCGGUGCAUGGUGGCAACCGGCGUGUUCUUAAGCUGAUCCUCGCCAUUCCCGGCGUACAGGUGGAUGCGGUCACCCGGGACCAACGAUCGGCACUGAGCAUAGCAAUCGAAACGGGCCAAAGCAGCUUACAGAUUGCUGCCCUGCUAAAGGCAGGCGUGGCCGUGCGGACAGAGCAUGUACUUCGGGCUUGUAUGCUGGAAAGGAGCGCCAUUGUCGAACAGCUGAUCGCACAGAAUGUGAAUGAAUUCCUUGAAGCACGUGACUUUUGUCAGCGAACUCCUCUCAUGCUGGCGGUACUGCAAGGUAACGUGCCAAUGGUACACCAGCUGUUGGCACUCGGUGCCAAUGUGAAUGCCGCGAACAUAAUGGGAAUGCGAUCCUUGCACGUGGCUGCCCUGAACAAUCACGUGCAUCUCUGUGCGGCCUUGCUGGCGGUGACGGAUCUCGACCGGGAGGCUGAAGACAACUUUGGCCGAACGGCACUGGUGGUGGCGCUGGAGAGGGAGCAUCUGUCGAUGGUGGAGUUAUUGCUCCAGCACGGUGCAAGCGUGCAGAGUGCGUAUCGGUAUCGGUAUGCGCUCCAUCGUAAUGCGUCGCUGUUGCAUAAGUUCAAUGUCGAGCGACGGCCUCGUAUGGUGGAAUAUUUGUUGAAGAAGCUCAAGUUUCCGACCGACAUUGUAGAUGACGAUGGAAAGACGGCAGCCAUGUAUCAGUCCUAAUGUGCGUACAUACAACAGCUCUCUAAUGCAUCUAAUGCAUAGGAAACUAAACUUAUUCAUAUGAAUAAAUAGUAUAAAAGAAAUAUCCAGUUGUUUCGGAUAUCAUUAACUACA